AUGAAUAGGUGGACAAACAAUUACUACGGACAGAGCAAGGGUGGUGAUGUGUUAGACUAUCAGUCCCGCUCAGCAGUGGUGACUGGUGGUGCCUCUGCUGUCAGGCAGCAGCAGCAGCGUCCCAACAGUGAUAGCAGACUUAACGAGAAGGUUGCUCACCUGUUGGUGUACCGCGUGGUACACCUUACGGAGGUCACACUCAGAUCAUUUAUUGAGCGUCAAGGAAUCCCCGUUCUUAAGGUACAACAAGUGUCUCGUGAGGAAUCCAUGUACAAGUCGUUCUUAGUGACAGUGAGGCAAGACGACGCUGCUGCAUUAUUACACAGGACCUUCUGGCCUGGCCUAGUGGCAUGCAGGUUGUUGGGUGACGGUGGGGAAGUGUUGGGGAGCAGCACCUUCUUCACCGGCCCACCAGUUACUUCCCAACCCAAACAUGCACAGGUGUCUGGCUGGGCACGGGUGCAGGGCAGAACUGACUCCACAUUCAGCAACAAGACGAUACCCGUCACAGAAACGCAGAGACUCCUGCCAUACCAAACUGCCAUUCAGGUUUCUUCAGGGUCGUUAAAGAACUCCACACGUACAGGUAGUAAAGACAAAGACAGAGAGAGCCCACAUAUAAGGAAUAAGAUGAAGGUGGGUAACAGGAAGCGAGUAAACGGCAUGAAAUCAGGAAUAAGAAAAAUCAGCACUAAUGUAAACACUGAUAGAAAAGUGAAACAAAAGGAAAAUACGUUAGGUGAUGAGAGAGAAGGAAAAAACGUUCAAGGCAAUGUGAAACACAGGCAGAAGAAUAAAUCAGGUAACAAGCAUAACAGUGCCCCAGAGAGAACUAGUGUGAAGCACGGACUCUUAAAGAAAGAAGAUGAGAACGUGCAUGAUGAAAAUAAAGACCUCACAGGAGGAAGAGAAAGACGUGAGGGUAAUAAAAGUGAAAUGGCUAAAGAAAAAGGCCAGAGAAAAGCUUCUCAUAAAACUAAGAACAGAAAAAGUACUCAAAAUAUCAAUGGGGAAAAACCCAAAGGUGACAAAUUUGGAAAAACCAAAGGCAAAAGUUCUCCAAAUAAAACCAGCAAAGAUGGAGGACCUAUGAGCAAACACAUAAACGGCCGAAACUGGAACAGUGGUCCCAAGCCACAUGAUCUGCCAAGGAAGGAUGCAACAAAGACCAACACCAAUAUAGUUACAAUUAGAAAAGACAAUAAGGACUCACAGGAAGAAAAAUUUACCAACUGGGAUAUGUCUCUGAGAAAACUUUUAAUUCUUGCCCCAGAGGAAGCUGUUUCCAGACUUAUUAUCCUCUCAAUGGACGAGGCUUUAUCCCAGGACUAUAUAAACAAUGAUGAGCUUUUCCCGGGCAUUAAAGUUUUGGCUCACUCAGCGCGGGCCGAGAGUAGUCCAGAUACCAUGAAAAAAUUCGUGUACAAAAUCUGUCAGCCUCAAAUAGUAAAUCUUUUUAAGACCUUUUCCGUAACAGUAGAGAGGCAGUACCCAGAGAGGGCCGAGAGCUAUUUCUGGAAUCUGGGCUGA